GGUUGUCUUAUGACUUUGUGUUUUAGCGUAUUUAAUUUUAAUACUAUAACAUAUGAUAUUGCUAUAGUUUAUAUUACAGAGCUUAUAAGGAGCAACUGAACUGAUGUUAAAUAGUUUAUUGUGCAAAUCACAACCUUUGUUGUUUUUUUUUGUGUGUGUGUGAUAUUGUGCAGGUGACUCAAGAUUUUAAGUUGUAAUUGUAUCACUGCUCUGUCGGUUGUUACUAGCCGCUAUCAAUUUCAUGUAAUUGAGUAAUUGUACAAUUUUUGUCACUUACAAGAUUCAGCACACAAAAACUGAUUAAAACUUAAUAUGCCAGCUCUACCUCCAAAGCAGCUUCUAAAACAAGGCUACGUUGGAGGCAUUUACAUGAAGACCUGCAUCGCAGAUCUUACAAAAUGUUGGAACCCAACAGGAAAGAAAAUCCUCACCUGAACAGGAUCCAAUUAAGAAAUAAGUCUUUACUGGGAUAAUGAAAAUGCUGCGAAAUGGCUUUCUUUGGGCUCUUUGCUUUCUGGCCAUUUGGGGAAUAGCACUUUUAGGAUUGUUUCAUCAGCCAGCAGUUCACCCACCAUCAGAUAUGGCUUGGAUGUGGGCACAAAAAGACUUGAGGAAGCUAGUUAUUCCAAAUAAUAAAACACUAUUACUUUCUCCGUCAGCUGGGUGUAAUGAUGUAGAAGGGAGGAAGCCAUUUCUUGUCAUCAUUGUUUGUUCUGCUAUUCCAAAUUUUGUAGCUCGUCAUACCAUUAGAAACACAUGGGGUCAGUUUGUCAAAAUAAAUAAUAAUGUUAAAAUGUAUUUUAUGAUUGGAAAAACUGAUGAUGUAAAUUUGACUUCAAGAGUUCUAAAGGAAAGUGAACUUUAUUCUGACAUCAUUCAAGAAGACUUCGUGGAUUCGUAUAAUAAUUUAACCAUCAAGUCUGUUAUGUUGUUGAAAUGGGUGAACAACACUUGUCUCGAUGCAAGCUAUAUUAUGAAAACUGAUGAUGAUAUGUUUGUUAAUAUUUUCAAUCUUAUUAACUACCUUAAAAAGAAAGGUCACACAAAGUUACUCCUUGGGUGUCUUAUCAGUGGUGCUGUGCCUGUGCGGGAUAAGCACUCUAAGUGGUAUAUCCCCGACUCAUUUUUUACUGCAAAUGUUUAUCCAGACUACCUUUCUGGCACUGGUUAUGUGUUUUCUACAGACAUUGUCCCCUCACUUUACCAAACUGCAUUGGAUAUGCCUUUUUUCUAUCUAGAAGAUGUUUUCAUAACGGGAAUCUGUGCAAGUAAGUUGAAACUGUCUAGAGAAAAUCAUGAUGGAUUCAAGUUUUACAAAAGAAAGAACAAUCCAUGCAUUUUUAGAAAAAUAAUCACAAGUCAUAAAAUGUCUGUAAAAGAUCUCAGAAGUAUGUGGUCUUCAAUUCAAAAUAAGACAUAUAAAUGUUGAUGAAGAUGUUUUUGUAUAAAAUCCAUAUAUAACCAGUGAUUUUGCCAAAUUGAAAUAAUAUUAGGUGAAAGGUUAAAUAAUGAAAAUAAUGUUUAGUGGUGUUGGAAUUAAGUUUACGUUGCAAGGCCUAAGGAAGCCAUUAUGGUUCCCAUAACCCAUCUACCCCUGUUUCAAAGUGUAGCUUGAAAUAAAAAUUAAAAUAGAAUGAUUUUCUCUUCUCAUCUUAACAAAAAUUUUAUUUAUUGCCUUUUGCUAAUCUUGGCAAACAUAAUUUAUCAGACUUAGCUCUAUUUAUUAUAUUCCUUAUUUCAAAUUACCAAUUGUAAUGUUUUUUUGUAUUAUUUCCUAUAACUCACCAUCAAUACAGGCACCUUUACAUCAGUGCAUUUUCACCUUGUAAAUCGUAGUACAGUAUUAUUAUUUUUUGUUUGUAAUAAGUUAAGUACUAAUUUUAUAUCCAACCUUUAGAAGUGGCAAACAUUGUCAUAACUUAGUUGUAUUUUUGAAGGGGAAAAAAAUUGUAGUUACAAUUUAUCCCCAACUGCAUACCUUUACACUCACACCCUCCCCAAAGCCAAGUGUCUUUUUAAUGUCAUAAGUGUAGGCCUUUGUUACAAAACAUAUCCUCAACAAUGUAAUCAAAUGCCAACAUCUUUUUUAUAGUUAUCUUGGUACAUAAUAAUUGUACAAUAAUGUUAAAAAUGCUUUGACAAAGAAAUACCACUAGGUUUAAAGACAGAUGUUCAGAGUUCAUUAACGUAUUCUAAUUAUAUUUAGUUUUUACAUAGUGUACUAAUUAUUCAUUUUCUGAAUCUUACUGUUCUCUCUAGAAGCUUUCUAAAGAGCUUGAAACAGACCAAAAAGAACAGGGAGUCUGUGAGUAACAUCCCUGUGGGGGUUGAAGGUGCAAAGGUCCAAUAUAGCAAUACAAGUUAAUGCCACCUAAAGCUGAAGGAACACAGUUGAAAUAAAUUUCUUUGUAGCUUCAGUAAAUUAUUUAGAUUAUUUUGACUUACCAUCAAAUAGAAAUUCGACUGAUACAUCUCAAUGCUUUAUGCACAAACCAGUGAAAUCAUACUUAUAGUUCUUUUGAAUUGAUAAUGAGGAUGAGAAAGGGGAGGAAUGUAGUUCAGCUGUAAAAAUCAUCACAAAUCAUGAAAAUUAAUUAUUUAGAAGGAAAUGCUUUCUUUUUGUUGUUUGUGUUACUCUAAGCUACAAAAUUUUAAUAAACUCUUAUCAUUUAAUUUUGUUUGUUUGUUUGUAAUUAAGCACAAAGCUACACAAUGGGCUAUCUGUGCUCUGCCCACCACGGGUAUCGAAACCCGGAUUCUAGCGUUGUAAGUCCGCAGACAUACCGCUGUGCCACUGGGGGGCCAUUUAAUUUUGUAAGAAGUUACUAUUGUUUUCAUCUUUAGUUUAGAUGUACACUGUUUUGAUUUAUGGUAAGGUUACUACUAUUAGUUCUUGUACUAUAAUUAAAUUUUUUCUUUUUUAUCAUUGUUUGAUAUGUUUACAGAUGUUUGCUGCCUCCUAACACAUUUCUCACAAAGUUAAAAAACUUUCAGGUAUUUAACCUUCAAUAGGAAGCACUUACCCAUGUUUUCAAAUUUAUGUUGAAGAUAAUAACUGAAAGUUAUGCAUUAUAAUGUUGUAACAUAUUCUUUUAAAUCAUUUGAUGAAAAUAAGGGCCAAAUUUAUCACAAUUAAUGAUAACAAAUUAGCGUGUUUCUUCUUUAACAUUUGUACACUGUAAGUUGUAGGCACAAGUUUAUAAAUGGCUUUCAAAUGAAAUAUGUUAACUGUAUAAUGACUAAUGUAAAAAUAAACUUUUUUAUACAUCUUCCCAGCUGACCAUCAAGUAACUGAAUAUGACUGAUAAGUAACACAUAUCCAAAUACUUCACUGAAACUAAGUUUUGCUGAAUAAUUGGGACUAUACCAACUGAAAACAAAACUGACUGUGAUUUACUGAUUCUUGUAUCUAUAAUCUACUUUGAGCAAACUAUUUCUUAUCUAAGACAGCAGAAGAAAAAAAAAGCAAGUGAAAGAUAAAGGUAUUUUGUUAAUGCUAAAGCUUAAACAUGGAGAAAAAAAUUAAUACAGAUGUACUUAACAGUGUCUGUUCCUUUUAUGAUAAUGAUAAGGAUGUGCCAGAUAUAAAAAUAAAGUUUUUCUUAGUGAAAGAAAAUGGUGUAAAGAAACUGAUUCACAACCACCUCAUGUUUUGCAAAUUAUAUGAUGUUAUGAAAACUUUCAACAGUAUUGCCCUAAUUUAAACAGGACUUUCAAAGUUUGUUCAGUCUAAAAAAACUAGUUUUAUUAGUGGUAAUGGUACACGUUAUGUGUGUGUGUGUGUGUGUGUGUAAAAUAUAUCAAAUUAAUUUUAUUAAUGUUAAUUUUAUGAUCCUGGCUGCCCAGAUGCUAAAUUUCAGCAACUGGAAACCCUGAACCUUCACUCCUGUAUUCAUUUUCUUGCUCAGUUGUUUUACUGAUAAACACAAAAAAUGUAUGAAGACAAUAGCUAAACUAUAUAUAUAUGUUGGUGUGUUCAAAGAAAAUUAAGUAGAUAAAGUUGUGAACAAAACAGUGAAUAUUCAUGGCAGUUUUGAGACCAUUAAAAAUAACAAAUUAAUGAAUUCUAGGAUGACUUACUGGAAAAUUUACUGAUUCUAUAGUUAAGGACAAACUACAUUAUUGAAAAACUAUGAGCACACACACACACACACACACAGAUGUAUAUAUAUAUAUAUAUAUAUAUGGCAGUGUGUGUAUCCUGAACCCAUUUUAGCAUAAAAGUAUAACCUAUAUAAACUUUUUUUUUUUUGCCAAGCAACAUGACAAAAGUCAUUGUUUCAUUGUUGGAGCACAUUGUUACCAAAACACACUGGCUUUUCUAUGUUAGAAGUUGUUAUAUAAGGAACCAUUUCAUUUCUAUGUGGUUUUUUGCAGGUUUGCCUCGUUAAAAAGAUGCAUGCACAUGCGUGUAUGUCAGUGAUUUCUAUUUGUAAUAUAAGGAACCAUUUUGUUUCUAUGUGGCUUUUUGCUGGUUUGCCUCAUUAGAAAGAUACAUGCACAUGUGUGUCUGUCAGUGAUUUCUAUUUGUAAUAUAAGUAACCACUUCUUUUCUAUGUGGUUUUUUGCUAGCUUGCUUCAUAAAAAGAUGCACAUGGAUAAUUAUUAAUACCCAGGUGCACAUCCUUAGGGUCCAUUUAAGUAUGGGUGCAAAAUUUCAACUUUCUAAGUUCUUUCAUCUUGAAGCUAUGGCAGUCACACAGACAUGCACGCGUGUGCAUGAGUUUACACAUGCAAUUGCAUAUCUGUCUGUGAUUUCUAUUUGUAAUAUCAGGAACCACUACUUUUCUAUAUUUACCCCUGACCAUAUUUCCACCUAUGUAUAUGUAAUUUAUCGCACAACUGUACUAUCAAAACUAUGUGAGCAAAUGUAAUUUCUGAUUAUGUGAAACGUGUGGUUCAUUUUCUGUUUGCUAAUAGAUUGAGCUCCUCUGUGGUUCACAUUCAAGUUUAUCAAGCAAACUGAGACCACCCCUUCGGGUGAACUUGGUUCAGUUUGUUUGUCAGUUGAACUUUAUCAUUCACACUUUCCUCCAAACAAAACCAUACUGACUCUGAAAAAAAGCCCCAGUGUGAACAGACCUUGAGUUAUUCAAAACAUGGUUAGCUACAUAUAUUGUAUAUUUUUUUUCUGUAUUUAAAAUGAGAGUUGGGAAGAAUCAAAUAUCAUUUCGGAAGUUGUGGUCUGACUUCAGUUUUAACCCUUAUACUAACAAAACUGAUAAACAGACAGGACUUACAACAAUCUUUGAAUUGACACUGUAAUGCAUUAUGUGAUUAUAAUGGAAAAAAAGAAAGAGAAUUUCAGUAAGAACUAAUCUUGCCUAGUUAAUUAAAUGUUCAAUUUCUACUUUUUUAUCACUUCCGUAUUAUUUUACCCAUGUACCUGGAGUCUUAUCCAAAGCAGUUUCACAUUAGUAUCAACUUGCAUGCCAAUUUUCUUUAAAACCAGGGGAGGCAGUGUUUUAUUAGUAGUUUAAUUUGACAUUCAAUCACUAUUUGUUUUGUUUUUUUAUAAGUAAAGAAAAAGAAAUGAUUUAUUUUGCUGGAAACAAAAGAACUUUUGGCUUGUGUUUACUUUGAUGUUUCAAGUAUUAUGGAAAUAAACCUAAUUUUUAUUCAUAUUUUAAAUUAAUUUGACAGUGUUUAUGCAAUUAUCAAAAAACCAUAUGAAGGUGAAAAAUUUUUUUUUUACUAAACUAUAUAUUUGUGGCAGUGUUAUGGGAACCAUAUGAAUUUUGUUUCUAGGCCUGGUUAUUUUAGUUAUGUUGAGGCAUCAAAAUAAAUACUUGGAGCACAUUGUGAUGUUAUGGAACAAGAUAAUGAAAUAAACCCUUUUAAGUAGCUAGAAUAUUGCAUAUAACUAUUGGUUUAAGUAGAUUUUGGUUUUAAGCUAUAAUAGUUUGAACUAUAGUAAAUAAUAAGUAAAGUUUUAUUAUUAAUGAAUCUCAUUUGUAUUUUAUAAACAAGUACCUUUCUGGAUUAGAUCAGGCCAUUGUGAAAGUUUGAGAGAUAAGAUCUUUAAUUUUUUUUUUUUUAAUCAUGUGAUAGCGGCAGUUUACUUCUAUUUGUGGGAGGAAUAUUUUUGUUGUGUGUGGUGUCUUAAGAUACAAAAUUGGUUUUUUUAAUCAUGUGAUAGCGGCAGUUUACUUCUAUUUGUGGAAGGAAUAUUUUUGUUGUGUGUGAUGUCUGAAGUAUUUAGAAGUAAAAACUAAUGAAAAUUUCAAAAGUAAACUUUACUUGGAUUUCAGUAGAAAAGAUUAACCUGAAUAAGAGGAAAUAUCAAGAAAAUACAUUUCAGUUUCAAAUGGUUAAGAAACCUCUAUAAAUAUAUGAAUUUUAAAUUAAAACCUUUCACAGGUUCUCAUAGCAAGAAUAUAAGUUAGUAUCCUUUCCCACUUGUUCAUAAAGAAAAGUUGUAAAAGCAGCUUUUCACAUGUUCUUGUAGUAAGAAACAGUGAUCCUUUAGGCUUUCUUUGUUGUUCUUAAGAAGAUAAAGUUAGUAACUUUACACUGAUUUUUGGGAAAGGGGUUAACUUGUAGCCUUUAUUUGCUUUUCCCACAAAAAGGCUGCAAUAUGGUAGCUCUCUCUCUCUUUUUGUUUGUUUCUUCUAGAAAAAAACGGUGCAAGUUAUUAACUAUUAUUCUGCUUCACUUAGACUGAAGGUGCAGUACAAUAGUACUGUAGUUUUCCUCUGGUUCUCAUAAGACAAAAUAUAAACUAGAUUUCUUAGCUCUGUGAAUAAUAUUGCAAGUAAGCUGUGUAUUUCACUUUUUUCUAGGAGAAGACUAUACAUAGUCUCUCACAGUUUUCCAUGCAAGUAAUUUUCUUCAACCUGCACUUGGGAAGAAUUUACACAUUACUAGUUUUUUCUCUAAAACUGUAAACAAGUUUCCCCCUUUUUUGUAGUUACUUUUUUUGUUUUUAUUAUGAAAAAGCUUCAAGUUAAUACCCUUUUCCAACUCUUGUGGGAUAAAGUUGUGAAUUCUUGAAUUAUUCUAGCAGAAUGUUGUAAGAAGUUCUAUUUAUGAUGAAACUGCCGGUCUUUGUCUAUCUUAGAAAGGUCUUAAAGGCAUAUGUGUAUGUCUCUCUAUAUAUUCUCCUAAUUCUAUGACAUUUUAUGGAGAUCUGUUUGAAAUAGAUGAGCACAAAUUCCUUGAGCAAUUCAAACACUUCUUUUUAGAUUUUGGCUUUCUUGGUAGAGAAAAAUCUAUUGCAAGAUAAGCAGUUCAAUAUUACUGAUCUCUAGAAGAGUGAAACUGAAAAAAGGUCCACAUUUGUGAGUUAAAGCUAAGUAUAUUCUUUUUAAAUAAGAACAAUGUUACUAAGUAUGCAUUACAAUGUGUAAUUCAAAAAAUUAAGGUUGCUGAAGAAUAUCACAUGAAGUAUGAAAAUUUGUUUGCUAUAUUAACUAUAAGUGUAAAUGAGGCACCUGUUCAGAAAAAUGUUAAUAUAAAAAAAUGGAAAAGUAGAAGGUUGUUUUUAGAAACAAAAAAGAAUAUUUUUGUAAAGGUAUUUAUUUAUUGGACUUCACUUAUUUAUAAACUGUAAUGUGAACUAUGUUUUCAAGUGCUUAAAAAAUACACAGUUUAUAUAUAUUAAUCAUUGUCUAUUCAUUCAAGGCUGCUUAGAAAAUCUAAACAUGUUGAUUUAUUUUUCAGAACUAUUUGAUACUUGCAUGAUAAACAUAGAAAAAAAAUUAAGGUAAUGCCUCUAAGACAAAUGAAUCAAUUGCAAAACUGUAUUAAACUAACUAGUAAAAUAUAUAAGGCAGAAAUGGUAUAAAGUCAGUUAUUUCUGUUUAAUAAUUACAUUGAUAUCUCAUGUGUUCCUUCCUUACUUGUAUUUCUUGUUUGAAGAUUGUUUUUAAAUAAAGAGUUGUUUGAGCUCA